CACUCUAUUUGCAACAGAGCGCAAGUGUUUGCGAGAAAACUUUUGCAACUCUGCUUCAAGUAAUGUCGCAAAUGAUGUUGUGACGCCAAUGGAUACCCUCUCUAAAAAAUUUAUUUCAAUUAGCACGCCGCAUCUUAAGAUGGAAAAUAUUCUACCGUUAUCAAUUUUUUUGGUAAACUUGGCGCCUUCUUCUCAGAUCUUCAAUCAGGCUGGCCCCAAAUCAAAUCCUCUCCCUCACUCUGAGUCGCAGUCGAGUACCUCAAGGAAAUCGACAAGGCUCGCAGUGAUCUUCGCUCUCGCAUUUACAGCUGUAGCUACGCUCCGAUAUGCUCCGUUUGGUGUGAAAUUGGGUAGUACGAUGCCGGGACCUACGAUGCCAAGACGAAGACGGGUGGGCCGAAUGGGUCGAUUCGGAACGAGGAAGAGUAAUCUCCUGGUUCCAACAAUGGCUUCAAGAAGGCUAUUCAUUUUGCGGUGCGCCACAUUGGAGGGAACGGGGCUGUCUGACAAGGAUAUUGCUGCACUAUCUGGGGGCCAUACACUGAUAUUGCUGCAGAUCCAGACAAAUAUAGUUUUGAUGGUCCGUGGACUAAAGAACCUCUGCAGUUUGAUAACUCAUGCUUUGUGUAAGAAUUGAAAAAAUGGUGAAAAUUAAUCGUUUUAUGUCCUUUGGAUUUUCAUCUCGUCUUGUUCUUCUUGCUUUCUCUUAGUAGUCUCUGUACAACUAGUAGUAUGAUUAAUACACUCAUAUGAGAUGAUGGUGGUGCUUUUAAGUUUUGACGAUAUUUAUAUAUAA